CUUCGUUUUCACGUUAAGCUUAAACCUUCACCCGCCAUUCUCUCUCUCACUCUCUGCUUCUUCCUCCCUCCAAUGGCGUCGGUUUUGGACUCCAUUGAUGAGUUUUUGAGUCGCUGUCAGCAGUCUGGCGACGACGCUUACGCCGCUCUCCGUUCCGUCCUCGACCGACUUGAUGAUCCGGCUACCAGAGUUAGAGCUCGUGUGUUUCUCGACGAUAUUAAGAGGCGUUUUCCUACCAAGGAUGAUUGCGAUCGGUGCUUCUCCUCUUACCAUUUCCGGAUCGAUGAUAUCUUUCUCGACCAAUACGAAGGUUACCACGGGAGGAAGAAACUGAGUUCAAUGGUAAUCCCCAGCAUUUUCAUCCCGGAAGAUUGGUCAUUUACUUUCUUCGAGGGAUUGAAUAGGCACCCAGAUUCCAUAUUUAAGGAUCAAACAGUGGCUGAACUUGGUUGUGGAAAUGGGUGGAUAUCCAUUGCCAUUGCUGACAAAUGGUUACCUUUCAAGGUCUACGGCCUUGAUAUCAACCCUCGAGCAGUCAAGAUCUCUUGGAUUAAUCUAUAUUUAAACGCUCUGGAUGAGAAGGGCCAACCCAUACUUGACAGUGAGAACAGAACCCUUUUGGAUAGAGUGGAGUUCCAUGAAUCUGAUCUUCUGGCCUACUGUAGAGAUAAUGACAUCCAAAUUGAGCGAAUUGUUGGAUGCAUUCCUCAGAUUCUUAACCCAAAUCCAGAUGCUAUGUCCAAGAUGAUUACCGAAAACGCUAGUGAGGAAUUUUUGCACUCGUUGAGUAACUAUUGUGCACUUCAAGGUUUUGUUGAGGAUCAAUUUGGAUUAGGUCUGAUAGCCAGGGCAGUAGAGGAAGGAAUAAGUGUUAUCAAAUCUACAGGGAUUAUGAUCUUCAAUAUGGGAGGUCGUCCCGGACAAGCUGUUUGCAAGCGCUUAUUCGAACGGCGUGGCUUCCGCAUUACCAAGCUUUGGCAGACAAAAAUUCUUCAGGCAGCUGACACUGACAUCUCUGCCUUAGUUGAAAUUGAGAAGAACAGUCCGCAUCGUUUUGAGUUUUUUAUGGGACUUUCAGGGGAUCAGCCUAUUUGUGCUCGCACAGCAUGGGCUUAUGGGAAGGCUGGUGGUCGCAUCUCUCAUGCGCUAUCAGUUUAUAGCUGCCAACUCCGUCAGCCAAAUCAGGUUAAGACAAUAUUUGAUUUUCUUAAGACUGGAUUCCAAGAAAUCAGCGGUUCAUUAGAUUUAUCAUUUCAAGAUGAUUCUGUUGCUGAUGAGAAGAUUUCAUUCCUAGCUUAUCUUGCCAGCACUUUUAAAGAAAAUGCAUACUUUCCAUAUGAGCCACCGGCUGGGAGCUUGCGUUUCCGAAGCCUUAUUGCUGGAUUUAUGAAAAAAUACCACCACAUACCACUUAAUUCUGGUAAUGUUGUGGUUUUUCCUUCGAGGGCUGUGGCCAUUGAGAAUGCUCUGCGCUUGUUCUCCCCUCGACUUGCCAUUGUGGAUGAGCAUCUAACUCGACACCUACCAAGACAAUGGUUAACUUCUCUCAAUAUUGAGACUGGAAUUGAUCGUGCCACAGACGAUGUACGUACAGUUAUUGAGGCUCCGAGCCAGUCCGAUUUAAUGAUCGAGCUGAUAAAGAAGCUGAAACCUCAGGUAGUGGUGACUGGGAUGGCUCAUUUUGAAGCUGUUACUAGCUCAGCUUUUGUGCAGCUUUUGGAUGUUACAAGAGAAAUAGGUUCCCGUCUCUUCAUAGACAUAUCAGACCACUUUGAGCUAUCCAGUCUUCCUAGUUCCAAUGGCGUCCUAAAGUAUCUAGCAGCAAACUCUCUUCCUUCUCAUGCAGCUAUUUUGUGCGGCCUAGUGAAAAAUCAGGUAUAUAUGGAUUUAGAAGUGGCUUUUGUUAUUUCUGAAGAAGAACCAAUUCUUAAGGCCUUGUCCAAGACCGUAGAAUUGUUAGAAGGGAACACUGCACCCAUAAGUCAAUAUUAUUAUGGAUGUCUUUUCCAUGAGCUACUUUCUUUUCAGCUACCUGAUCGACAUCUACCAGCACAGAGAAAAUGUGACAAAAGUGCAAGCUCAACAGACAUAAUUGGGUUUUCCAGUUCUGCCAUCUCAGUCCUGAAUAAUGCUGAGCUAUCAAUUGACCAGAUUGAAAAUUCAUACCUGAUUCACAUGGAUGUUGAUCAGAGCUUCCUGCCUACUCCAUUUCCAGUCAAAGCUGCAAUCUUUGAAAGUUUUUCAAGACAGAACAUGUCAGAGUCAGAAAUAGAUAUCACCACUAGCAUCAAGCAAUUUGUCAAAACCACUUAUGGGUUCCCAUUUGGUAUAGACUUUACGUAUGCUGAUAGCUCGUUAACAUUGUUUAACAAGAUGGUUCUCUGUUGCAUCCAAGAAGGAGGAACACUGUGUUUUCCAGUUGGGACGAACGGAAGCUACGUUUACAGUGCCAAGUUUUUAAAGGCAAAAAUUGUAAAUAUACCUACCAAAUCCGAAGAAGGAUUCAAGCUAACAGAGAAUGCACUUAAUCAAGUACUCAAUAAUGUGAAAACCCCGUGGGUUUACAUAUCUGGUCCAACAAUUAACCCAACUGGUCGAGUUUAUGACCAGAAAGAAAUAGAGAAUUUGUUAACUACUUGUGCUAAAUUUGGGGCUAGGGUCAUGAUUGAUACUUCAUUUUCAGGGUUGGAAUUUGAUUAUGAGGGUUGGGGCGGCUGGAAUCUUGAAGGAGUUCUAUCUAGGCUUUAUCUGUCUAGCAGUUCAUUUUCUGUUUGCCUGCUUGGAGAACUAUCAUCGAUGAUGUUAACGGGUGCCCUCAAAUUCGGUUUUCUGGCUUUGAACCAACUACCUUUGAUCGACUUGUUUCAUAGCUUCUCGGGAUUAAGUCGACCUCAUAGCACAGUGAAAUAUGCUAUAAAGAAGUUGCUAGGACUAAGAGAGAAGAAGUCAGAAGAGAUGUGGGGUGCUGUAACCAGACAGAUUAAGGACCUGAGAAGUAGGUCCAGACGCCUGGAAGAGACACUUGAGAGCUGUGGAUGGGAUGUGCUCGAGCCCCAUGCCGGGUUUUCUAUGGUUGCCAAGCCGACUCUUUAUUUGAACAAGACAACCAGACUGAAGAACGCCAUUGAUUACGAAGUGAAGCUCGACGAUUCAAAUAUCAGAGGGGCCAUCCUGAAGGCCACUGGCUUAUGCAUCAACAGCAGCUCAUGGACAGGAAUUCCUGGAUACUGCCGGUUCACAAUAGCGUUGGAGGAAAGUGAAUUUCAGAAGGCAUUGGAUUGUAUUGCUGAGUUCAAAAGAAUUGUCCGCUUAUAAGUGCUCUCUUUAAAGCACUUUCAUGUUGUUCUGUCCUUGAGUUGAUUUUUAUCAUGAAAAGGGCAUUAUUUCAUUAUCAAUGAAAGCCCCCUUCAUAAUUUUUUACAAAAACUAUAACUAUAACAGGGAAUCACAUACUUCGUCUGA